AUGACAGAGGACGAGUUGGAUUCGACGAUGACUGCGAAGCUCGGCGAGUGCGCCUGCGUCCUCAUCAAGAAGAUCUUGACGGUGCCCGAGGGGAGCAAGGAGAUGGCGGACGCCGCGACGCAGGCAGCGCACCACUUGCACGACUUCCUGCCGAACACAUCCAUCGCGGAGCAGGUGGAUCUCGGGGACCCGCAGCUUGCCCUCCUGCGCGUCCUCUUGGAGAAGCUGGACGCCUACAUCAAGGACGAGGCCGACUCGGACAUCAGCUUGCACGAGCACAUGAAGGCGCAGAUCCAUCAGUACGUGGAGGACGCGAGGCGCGCGGUGAAGACGGUGGGCCAGCACGCCGUCGACGUGGCAUCGGCCGAGACCCAGACGACAGCGGCGAAGAUCGAGCCCUACAUGCACGGCCUCCCCGACGGCGCGGACUGGUUGAGCGCUGGUCCAGCCAACCUCCACGCGUGGAAAAACUUGGCGGCCCACGCCUACAGUACGAUCUUGUCCACGGAGAUGAGCAAGACCAUCGGCCCCUUGAAGAAGAAUGUGGACGCUGCCGAGAAGGCGCUGGCCCACUGGAAGUCCGACGGUGAGAAAUACGGAUUGCGCAUCGAGGGGGAUCAGAACUACCAGAAGGUGUCAGAGAUCAUCACCAACGCGUGGGUGACUCUUGUGACAGGCAGUUUGUUCAUGGCUUUUAAGAAAGCGAUUGACAAGCAGUUGCUCAGGGCUACGAUCGCAAAGACGACGAGCGUCCUCAAGGAGCGUGGCAUUGCGCAG